GGAACCUAUGAACCAAGCUAACUUAGCUUGGAAUCCUGAAAACGUUGCAAUCAAAAACGCAAGUCAUCCCUCCGAACUUCGCCGUAUAGCUGUAAUGUAGUGAUGCUUAAGCGAUGACGUGCUGCCUUUCUGUGAACCUUAGCAAGAAGUUCGGGCAUGCCUUACGUGAGGGAAGUCGCAAAACUCAUGUUCACUGGUGCUUAUAUUGCUUUCUCUCACCGAGUGAUGAUGUGGUUCACGUGGGCUUGGUCCGUGCCUUGUCUCCCUCCCUUGUUGAUUUCUUGAGUCCAUUCUUCAUCACUCAAAUGCGUUAUUCAUUGUUAACCAAUGUGGAGCCAGUGAAUGUGGCGACCCACGCUUAGAGGCUCAUUCGUAGGAGGUCGUCAUUCACAGUCCACCAUGAAUGAGAUUUGUGCGUGCGAACGAUGCCUGUUGUUCUGCAACAGGCCAAAGCUCUUUGUUUAAACUGACUCGAUAGGAAUGGGUGUUGUUAGUUAGGCCCUUAUCAAAAUCAAGGAAGCAUUAAGGAUGGUAUCGUCAACCCCACCGUGAGAAAGGACAUGAAGGCAUCAAAAAAGCUUUACUGCUGUCCCAUUGAAGGCUGUCCCAGGGGGCCCGGAAGACCCUUCUCCCAAUUUUCCCUGGUGAAACAACACUUUAUGAAGGUGCACGCAGAGAAGAAACACAAGUGCUCCAAAUGCAACAAUGGCUACAGCACCGAGUGGGACCUCAAGAGACACGCAGAGGACUGCGGAAAGACUUACCAGUGUACGUGUGGCUGCCCGUAUGCCAGCCGAGCUGCACUUUUGUCGCACAUCUUCAGGACAGGACACGAGAUUCCUACGGAGCACAGAAUUCCACCCGUAAAAAAGCGAAAAAUGGAGAAACUCUCCACCAGUUCUGAAAAGGUUAAGAUCACCGACUCUGUGAUUAUUCCUUCUACUCACGAGCUAAUCGAGGAUUCUUCAUCUUCUGACGUCAUCCAAAGUCCAGACUCUGCCAGUCAGCCGUCUGGUGGCCACAAGAGUCUCCAGAAGCAGCUUCUACCUAAACCCAACAUGGCAUUGGUCAGUGUGCCUGUAAUGCAGCUGGCCCACCUCCCUGUCCUCCUUCCAUCUACAGAAAGCGGCACACUUAGGUCCGUGGUGCUGGCGGUCAACAGCCAAGGCUCCGUUAGCACCCUUCACCUUCUGCCACAGGCCUCCGGAGCUGUGGUACCCCAACUGGAUGCUAAGAGCUUCGGGUUCCAGGAUAGCAUGCCUACUUCUCGCUCUUGCCUGGGGCCCAUCAGCACAGGGGUGCAGGUUGGACUCGACAGUCUGGUUACACAUGACUCAGGCAGCAUCCUGAGAGCACAACGAGGGAGGAGCACCUCGACCAACAUUCAGACCGACAAGUCCUACUUAUCCAAACUACCUAUGGGGGUAGUGGAGGGGAUCGGAUUGUGUUCUAUGGGGGAGUCCUCGAUGUCAUCCUGCUCCCAGACUGACAUCAGUGUGAGUGCCCAGGUCCUCCUGCCAGUCAGUGUUCAAACCCAGACGUUCAACAGCCGGGUUCGACCCACCUCCUCUAUCGGCGCUCAGACUGACAGCCAAUCCUCGAACCAAAGUAUUUGCCCCUCCUUUUCCUCAACCGCGGCAUUAAGCAAAACUAGGCAGACGCAGACCUGCUUCACCAUUCCGCAAUCCAAUGACAAGGCUCAGGAUCAGGUCCUCAUGUGCCCUGACCUUUUCAGCAGCGAUGCACUCAGUGUUUCCACCCAGACAGCGCUGAACGUAGAUGAGAAUCUGGCAGCCACAGGAAGCAGCUUAUAUGAGGCCGCAAAGGUAGCCGAAGGCCUGUGUUUCGGGGCUCAGACGGAUUUGCUGACCUCCAACAACGUGGCAGACAACCAAACCCAAACCAUGACCUUGUUACAUGACCUGGAACACAUUCUCUCUGACAGCAUGUCAGGCCAUCAGGUGCUGACCACCACCGCCUCCGCAGCCGGCUGCGGGUCGAACCUGGGUCCUGUUCAGGAGCACCACGGCGCCAUUGACUUUGACUUUGAAGAGUUUCUCAGCUCCGUACACAUUCAGACACAGACAGAGGAAAGCGAUCUGGGGGGCCUGAACAGUGACACGCCCUUGGAGUCCUUAGACAUCCAAACCCAGACCGAUUUCUUCCUGAUGGAUGAACUGGACGAAAGCGAUGGACCAAGUCGAAGCCAAGCCAGUGACUUGGAGCUUUUCGAUACUCAGACUCAGACUGACCUCAACUUCCUUCUGAGCGCCGGAAGCAACAUGCCACUGAGUAGCAUUCUGCGCCAUCCAAGCUUUUCAAUGAGCACAGAGUCCUCCGACACAGAAACGCAGACUGACCUGCAUUCAUUUGCUCCCUGCCUCCCUGUUCAAUCACUUGUCGGUCAGGGGGAGCAGGAGAGGCAUUCGAACAGCACGGAGACGCAGACCAGCCAGGCGGAAGGCUUCGGACACCUCUUCCUCACAAGCAUCGAAACGCAAACAGUCGUGGACGACUUCUUGUCGGCCGACAUGCUGUGGAACAUGGAUUCCCAUUUCAGCUCGGUGGAAACGCAGACGUGCCAGGAGCUCUGCGCUCUCUUUCAGCAGCCCGAGAAACCAAACAGUUGAGGUUAUUCUGUACGACGCUGCCUGAUCUUUGCGACACGCUUCCUGUGUUUGCCGCUAUCGUUGGAAUAAGGACGUGUUCCAGUGGUGCAGCAAUGACGGUGGAGGAAGUCUGGAAAUGUCUUUGAAUCAUUCCGCUAUGGUCAUCUUGUCAAAAGAGCGUUUCCGGGUCAAUAUCUGACUGCUCUGUGCACUUUAUUCGCUCGAUAGGCAGGAUGUUUCAGCUUCUGACAGUUGGCUAUUUAUUUGCACAUACAUGUAACAAUGUGUCUUGUCUGAAACGCUAUUUCUUACUUCACUGUUAGCCUGUGUCAUGUUUUUUGGGUGUUUGUCCUGGAUCCCGCAGAUUAAAACCUAGCACAAAAGUUUUACGUCUGCAGAUGAUACAAAUAGAUGAAUUAAUAGCAUUGACCGGAUUAAAAAAAAAAACUACAACAACAAAUGAAAUAACCUCUAGAGUUAACAGUGCAGUUGUAUUUACAUGUGUUUAAAAUGUGCAUGAGCAGUAAAUCUUAACAUAUUCCGCAUUUAACGGCUGGUUAGUCAAUCAAAAGGUUAGCACACAAUUGCAGAGCUGGACAAGUGUUAUGAUAUCGAUUUGAAACCUCCUCCAGGAACCUCUUUCGAGAACAAAAAAAAAAUAAAUACAUCAGUUGCACAA